AUGGAUUGUCUACUUAUCCUUGCAAUUCUUGCGCCCCUGGCCCUUGGGUUAAAUCCCCAUAACCGCCCUCAGCCAAUUUCUAGUUACGUUCCUGUGGUUAAUGAACAGACUUCAGUCACCCUACUUUACCACAACAACCUCAAUGGUUCAGACGACUCAACUCAUGUCGGGGCAAUUCUCUUGGAUGGUAUGCACCAGUAUGAUAUUCGAGACGCUUGUCGAGACAUUGGGGAGACGAUGAUCUCCAAACAAACCCUAGAAGACCAUAGGGAAGAUUUUAAACACCUGUUCUCGUACCUCGUCUACUCCGGUAGAGCAAAGCCGACCAAUAGCUAUUAUAUUCGCAAUGGCCUCCUUUCAGUCACUAAGGACUCGGAUGAUUUUCAGAUGCUGCCAUAUCCCGGCCGCGAUUUUAAACUACCCGUCUUAUGUACCCAUACAGUCUCUUCUAGUGUCACGGUUGCGGCAAAGCAUGCGAGACGCAAGGAAGUGAGAAUGGAGUCUGGAAAUAAUUCCUAUAUCGGGUUUCGAGACCAAAAGUCUUUCCGUUUUUUGGGAAUUCCCUAUGCCAACACGCCGCAAAGAUUCACGUACGCAACGCUCCAUUCCCCAAAAAAAUCAGCGGUGAUUCGGGCCACAAACUAUGGACCAAGUUGCGCGCAGGCGGGAGGUGGCAGUGAAGAUUGUCUGUAUUUGAACAUCUAUACGCCAUAUAUUCCCAGAAACGACGCUAAGAAGGGUUUAAGGCCUGUACUGUUUUGGAUUCAUGGCGGCGAUUUCACUAAUGGGUCAGGUGCUGACCGUCUGACGGAUGGUGGCAACCUAGCUUCGCGUGAGGACAUCGUGGUUGUGACAUUCAACUAUCGACUCUCCACUCUAGGUUUUUUGGCUGUUCCUGGGACGGAUAUUCAUGGAAACUACGGCAUCGCCGACCAGGUACUUGCUCUUGAGUGGACCACCAAGAAUAUUGCCCAAUUCGGCGGUGACCCUAAUCGGAUCACUAUCAUCGGCGAAUCUGCCGGUGCAGCUUCUGUGAGAGCUCUAUUGGGGUCUUCCCCUGCUUUGGGGAUGUUCCAAGGGGCUGUUGUGAUGUCCAACCUGGGCGGUGGUGUUGGACUAGGCCUCGGAAGCGAUUAUGCAACAACAUACAGCUCGUUUAUUACCAUUGCCGAAUCAUACAAUGCCACGGGGAAACGGAUAUUUUCAGAAGCCGGCUGUGGUAAAGGGAAUAUUAAGCAGCAAGUAUCGUGUUUAAGGCAAGUCUCGGCAUCUGCCCUUUCUCGAUUAAACACUGCUGCACGGCAUAUCGUCCAGGACGGUCAUUAUGUGACCUCAAGGGAGCUCGAUCUCGUCAAUAAGGGCAAAAAUUCAGGCAUUCCUGUCAUCUUUGGGAAUGGGGCGAAUGACGGUGCUUCGUUUUGCAAAUACCCUCCUGCAUCCAUCAAGUCACCCACUGAAGGAAUUCAGGCGGCCCUGGGAAUAGAUGAGAUACACGCUCAAAGGAUUCUGGACUCAGGCCUUUUCCCUUAUCACGACUCCGGAAAUAUGACUGGUGAUUCUUUUAAUGUGGCCCAACGUGUGUCCACGGACCUUCGGGUUCGCUGCGUCAAUCAGGCAACUGCGUUCACAGGAUUCACUUCCGGGAGAUUUAAGCCUUCUUAUUAUUAUCAAAUUGGGAGAACCUCUGCAGGCUGGAAUCCCAAUAAUAUAGACAGGCCACCGGCAACAUCAGAGCUCCCCAACGGAGAUCCGGAGGUACCAUACUUUCGUGGCCGUGCGUCUGACCUCCCUUGGGUUUUUGGAAACCUGGAAACCCUCCGAGACCCUCCAGACCUAGAUUCAGUCCGAGUCGUUUCGGCAUACUUUUCUGAAUUUGUUCGGUCAGGCCAACCAAACCCACCGGGUGAAUACCUCCAAGCCCGUGGAUACUCUACGACGCUGGACGUAAUCAAGCACUUUGAUCGAUGGGAGCCAAUCUCAAACUUCGAAGGACCCAUGCAGCUCAUGGGCUUCCCUAGUGUGAGAGCGAACUUUCAGGACAUCGCUCAAUGUGACUUUUUGGGCUAUCCAAUGACACAUUAUUUCCGUUGGUCUUGA